GUAAAUGACAUUAGUCUGUCAUUUUACGGAUAUUUUUGUUUUACUUUUUUAAUAAAAUUAUUUCAGAUUUACUCCAUUCCUGGAACUAAAACUACUUCUACACUACUUCUGGACUAGAAAUUAAUAUGGCUAUGAAUAAAUAUAUGCAUCCUCGUAAUAUUUAUAAAAUUCCUCCAGACUUUAAAAAGUUAGCCCACAGUUAUCCACAAUUUUCCAGCAUUUGUCGUUUGGAUGUAACGGGCAAAAUAACAAUUGAUUUUAAAGAUCCACGAGUUCUGAGAGUUUUAACAGCUUGUUUGCUUAAAUCAGAUUUCGAUCUAGAUGUUUUAAUACCUGAGGAUCGGUUGGUACCAACACUUCCAUUGAGAUUAAACUAUAUUCUUUGGAUAGAAGAUUUACUUGAAAGUUUUGACCGAACCGAUAAUAUUAAAGGCAUUGACAUAGGUACUGGUGCCUGUGCUAUAUAUCCAUUACUGGCUGCAAAAAAAAAUAACUGGCAUAUGAUUGGUACGGAGACAGAUGAUGAAAGUUUAAAAAUAGCUAAUAAAAAUGUAAAACAAAAUAAUUUAGACAGUCUCAUUUCAUUAAGGAAAAAUCAAUCAAAAUUUACUCUAAAGUAUUUGUUCCUGGAGGAAAACUUACAAUGUGACUUUUGUAUGUGCAAUCCACCAUUCUAUGUGAGUCUACAAGAAGUAUGGGAAUCUCGAAGCCCAGCAAGACCUCCACCUAAAAAUGGUUUUACAGGGUCACCACAAGAAUUAGUUACAGAGGGAGGUGAGCUACAAUUUUGUAGACAGAUUCUAGAGGAAAGCCAAGAGUUAAAAGAUAACAUACUGAUAUUUACUACUAUGAUUGGACAUAAGUACAAUUUGAAGGAGUUUCUAUUAGAUCUUAAAGCAGAAGGCAUUAAAUGCACAACAACAGAGUUUUGUCAAGGUAGAGUUACAAGAUGGGGUGUGGCUUGGUCCUUCCACAAUAGUUGUGAUUUAUCAAAAUUAGAGAACCACAAAAAAGAUAAAACCACAAAAAAGAAUUCUCCAAUAACUUUUGUGAUUCCUAAAGUACCUGACCAAUCUUAUACUGUGGAAAGUAUAAGUAAUAAAUUGAAGUAUAUUUUGGAUGAUUUAAAAAUUGAAUACAAAAUUAUAACAAAGAGGAAAAAUGUACUAUGUCUAAAUAUAAUAGCUUACACAAAUACUUGGUCAAAUCAAAGACGUAAAAGAAGGCUUCAAAAGCAAUUAGACAAUGAAUUAAUGAAAAAACCCAAGUUUAGUAGCAUUAUAAAUAUAGAUACACCAAUUAUUGAAAAUAAAGGAAUAAUUGAACAGUCCCUAGAGCGCCAAAAAAAAGAUGAUGUUGAAACCAUAGAAGAUUGUUAUACUAAUGAUUCUUUAAGAAAAAAAAGUGAAGAAAGCAAUAAAUGCAAAAAGGAUGGUGCUGCUGAAAAUAACACAGAUGUAGAUGCAAUUAAAUGGCCAAAUGCUAGACCCGUGGAUAAUUCCUCCAAUAUAACAUCUGAAAUAAAUGUCAUAGAAAAUACAUCAAAGCCCAACCCUCUAUCACAAGCAAUUGUAAAAAUAAAUCAGAAGGAAGAUUUGUGUUUCCUCUCAAUAGAGUAUGUUGGUGGCACAGGUGGGAAAGAAAGUGUUCAUCAAAUUCUUCAAUUUAUUAAAAACAAUUGGAAUAAAUUGUGAAUAUCAGAAUAAAUAAUAUAUCUUAUUGUUCAUGAUUUUCUUACCUUCUUUUAAGUGCUUGGAAUCUUUUGUGUGGGGUCUGGUGGAAAAAUCAAAAGUACCUUUUGAUACCAAGUUAUUUUAAAGCAAGGGAAAUUUUAUUCUAAUUACUUGGUGGCGAUAUUAAUUCCACGAAAGAUUAUAUAAUUUACAAUAAACAGCUUCAGAGAAAAAGUUCUAAACUUUUGGUCUUAAUUUAAAGAGAAGCAAUUCAGUCAAAAUAAGUUUUGCGUAACGCAGACAAUGGAAUCUUUCUGCCAACAUAAUUUAUCUAUUAUUUGAUGUAACUACCAAACAAUCGUCUCGAGUUUGGGUCCAAAUAUCAAAUUUACCAUGCUUUGAAACCUAAAAUUCAAAGUAACUGAUAACUGCAUUUUUUAAAACGAUUAAAAAGGAAU